AUGCUGUCCACGACCAUUUGUGUGCUCAGGAUAUUUAUAACUACCAUGCGUCGUGUUGUACUGGGCCCACCUGCAGUAGCCAGUCCAUUUGUUCCAGGAACUGAAGAUGUGAGCACCGUCCACGAGUUUGUGUCAACCUUAUGUGCAUGCAAUAUUGAUAUUCAAACGAGUGUUCGUCGGGAUCCGUCUAAUUUAGAUUUAAGUAUAAUUUGGAGUUUGCGGGAACUUAAGGACUGUGCCUACCCGGUGAGCCCCAAGAAGGGAGCCACCGAUCGUGGACUGUCGAAUACUUUUCAGAAAGCUUUAUAUCAUACCGAUCCUCUUCAAAUGCCCUCAUCAAAUCAAACAGCUAAGCAAGCCGAACGCAGAGAGAAGUCCGGACAUUCAGCGGGCGUGAAGUACGGCGGGAGCGUUCGGGUUGAGGCCAGGCAGCAAGUGAAAUGCCUGGAGGUCUUUUGCAGCUUUUCAAACAGCGCCGACGGAGGAAAAGAGUUUAGAGCUCGUCUUCCAGAGGGUUCGUCGGCUAGAGGACCUGAGGAAAUUGAUCGCCUGUUGAAGAGUUCAAUCAGUCGAAUUUUAAAAUCAGCUGAAUUCUCACGUUGGAUAUCCAGUACAGUCACUUAUGAGGCACGGACAUUUUGA